GAGUCGGAGAGUCCUUACUCUGGUUUACCUCAUUCUUUCAUUACGGACUUCAGUUUGUCUCCGACAGUAGCGGUCAGUUAGACGCUCAUUGAGACGGGUGUGCACCAGGGCUCAUUCCUAGGGUCACAAUUUUUUUUUCUCCCCACAUCUUUAUUAGUUACUUGCCUAAAAUUCCUCCUGACUGUGACUCUAUUCCAGAUGACACUGUUCUACAAAAUCUAAUAUCUUACUACCUCAGGGCACAUGAUAGAGUCACCAUUACCUGACAAUUUAGCAAAAGAAUGGCCUCACCUUUUAUUAUUUCCAAUUUUAGAUGAUGCGGAGUGUGUCUCAGAACACUUCAGACUCAACCCUUUAUUCUCUUAAUUGUGCUUAUAAUCGUCUCUCGAAAAUUUCUCUUGAGCAAACGGCAACCAAGGUGCAUUUUCCAACAGUGACAAGGCGAGGCUUGACUGCUUACCAGAAACAGGUGCACCAAUAAAGAGGCACGCCCUCCACUCCAGCUGGCACUGAAAACAAAAGCAAAGACGGAGCAGAAGACGACAAAUGUAUAAAAUUAUUUCAGCAUUGCACCAUAUCGGCUCUCUCUGAAAAUCGAAUCUGCACCAUUCGAGCAAUCAGGGGAAUGCAGACUCCAACGUCCAUGGUGAUGGGGAUCGUCUUCGCCCCCUUGGGUCUGGUGCUGCUUUUCACCGCUGCCAUCACCCCUCAGUGGAGAGAGGGCCACACCCGUCUGGACUUGGCCAGGCCUGGCUCCAUUCUCCUCCGAACGGUGGUGAAAAGCCACAGUCCCGGACUCCGCCCGGGGACGUCGGACGGCCUUCUGCUGGUUCGCUCCGAUGGGCUUUGGGAGAGUUGUCUGCAGUUGGAGCACUCCGAGUUGAAGCAGUGCUGGCCGGUGAUGGGUCCUUAUCAGCGAGACCGCCGGGUUCGCCUGGCGCAGGGCUUGGUACUGACCUCGUUGUUCCUGUGCGGCACGGGUAUCCUCCUCGCCUGCAUCGGGGUCCGCUGUUGGACGGAUCUCCCGCUACGAGGAGUGGCCGCCACGGGGGGGCUCCUGGUGGUGGUGGCCGGGCUACUCAGCAUGACCGCGCUGGUGAUCUACACUCACAACCUGCGCAGGCUGGGGACGGAUGAUACCAAGCAGGACGUGAACAACACCAGGUUCCCUCAGCUCAGCUUGGGUCCGGCCGGCUCCCUCUACUUCGGGUGGUUGGGUUCGUGCCUACAGAUAUUGGGAGGGGGUGCCCUCGUGGUAAGCUUCAAGAGACCGAGAUGCAGAACCUGCCCGGAGUUGGCAGCCUGCCCCGCUUGUCGACCGUGCUCGGAGUUUCGCAACAAGCCCGACUCUGACAUUUAUGAAGUUAGCUGUUAGAAUGUGACUGUGACUUUCCUCAAGAUGGUGGAAAAGCACUUCUGUUGUUCUAGUCGAAGACCCACCGAAUGAAGCUCCUCGCCGCAGUUUGACAUAGUUCCCUGGCACCAAGAUGCCACCUGUUGGCGCCAAAGCACAAACAGCAAAUGAGUAAGAUGUACCCCAAAAAAGAUAAGAUAAGAUAAGAAACCCUUUAUUAGUCUCGCAAUGGAGAAAUUCCCAAUUCACAGCAGCAAAGUUAUGAAAGGCAGAAGUAGAACAACAAAAUAUAGGAGCUGCUGGAAAGGCAGCCACUCUCGCGGCGCCAUUUUGAAGUCAAAAUAACCAAAAACAAACACAACACAACACAUAGGACACAGACAGUCGUACGAUCUUCACCAAUUUUCUGCAUACACUUUGUUGUCUGAAGCAGUUAUGGAUGAAAGAGGAGAGGAUCAAAGUGUCCUUUCACCAGUGGAUCAGAGGUGAAAAUGUGCACACGUCUGCUACAAGCUAAGUUUUGAAAGCAAAAACGAAGCUGUAGCAUCCAUUGACGAAAAGAGAUUAGUUCACUUUUCCUGUCCCACGUAAUCCGCUUCAAACUCCAAGCCGCGACUCCCAGUCCUUGAAUAAGCAAAAAUUCAAGAAACUCAAAUGUGCGGCUUACGGUGCGAACAUUACAACGACGUACAUAUUUUAUUGAGAUGAAAAAUCGGAAUCUUACAAGAAUAAAGUCAUGUAUGUCCAAGACCAUAAUUGAUAUAGUAGCGUUCCUUAGAGCUUAAUUGGGUUAAUGUUUCAUUCACGUGUGCCGUAGGUAUGCUUUUUUUUUAAACAUGACAUUAUUUACUGUAAAUUCAGUUUAAGAACUUCCAAAACGGUAUUGAAUGCAGAGACACUUUUCCAUCGCCUCGCCAAACUGUUUCCUCGUGUGACAUUGACGCCCUUCUUCAGUUGCUCACUCCGGAUAUGACUGCAGUAUGACUGUGUUUUUGUGCCGUCUUUCACAGCCAUGCUUUGAACUGUUAAAUGCCAAAAAAAACAAGAAACAUCACACCGCAUCUGAACACAACUACAGGGGGCCUCGCUUUCUGACGUCGUUCCGUUCCUGCAGCGGCAGAGUAACCUGAAUGCGUACUGUGAGUCGUAACGUGCUGUUGUCUAUCGCCAACCUCCACUAAUACAGCAGUGAAGUCAUGAUUACAGUGCCGACUGACAUGAAUAACACUUCAAAUUAUAAAUAAAAGAAUCAAAUGAAAAACUGGAAGUACGGAUCCUGUUGCAAAUCGUGAAGAUCCGAUUAAUUGACGCUCCACCAAAAGGUAACAAGUGUCUACAGAUGCGCCACAUCAAUACUUUUCAUAUUAGACAGGGCUUUGGCUUUGGCAGAAAACCAAUCCCAUUUUAUUUGAUUUCUUCCCCAAAUGUAUUCAUAAUGGGUGCAUCAAUUGCAGAUGGAUCUUCAACUAUUCGUGGGCCAAGCCGGUCCUGAUCCACCACGAAUAGCUUGGGUCCAGUCUACCCCACUUAAGUAGCAGUCUAGUCGUGCCUUAAGAUGUUUACUCUAAACUUGUAUCACCAUUUCACUCCAGUUGAUAAAAACAGACUAAAAACACUAUGAAAGAGAAUGUAAAGCAUUAAAAACUUUGUAAAACUUGACAUAAUGCUGCAAUUCUGAUAAUAUGCUGCUCCUUCUGGUGUGACCACCUUGGGCACCAGGAGGUAGUGAUGUAUAUAAUAGUCAUGUAGACAAAGGAAGAACAACAUACUUCUUCCACGACUACUCAGUAUGUUACUCUGAUAUUAUUCGUUUUAUAUCGUUUGAGUAUUGAGUAUUGUUAACUUGUCUGUCUAGAUGUGCUGUUACACCAUUUGUGUACAAAUAUCUGUUGUUUAAAGGGUUGUAAAGCUGCUAGCUCUUAGCAUGGCAAUGACAUUUUCCAUAAAUGUUAGCAUUAAGCUAAGGGGGGGUUGUUGUUAAGGCAACUGUAUUGAGAUCUCAUGUGCCAUAACUAGUCGCUUUUUAGUUGCGCUGGUACGCUUUCAUAGCAAACAGACUCACUCAAAAACAAACAAACAAACAAACCGAUUUGGUGUAAAUCCAAUUUUACAUCCAAUGGAAUAGUGCGCUUAUUGUUUGCUUGCAGCAAAAAAAGUACAAACUAUAAAUACAGUUUUAUUCAACUUUAUUAAUUUUGUGUGCUUCAACAUGUUUUUAUGUUGUGUUUUUUAAGUGUGUGCAAGUGUUUUGGCACAUCAGAUUUACCGUAUAUACACAUUUUGUGUAUUUAAACAAACAAAAA